AUGAUAGCUUUCAUCGCCUUACUUGUUUCCAUGUUCUUGCUCAACUCAAAUCGCAUUCAGAAAGCAAUUGAGAUAUGCAGGGAAUGUUUGAUUUUGCUAAAGAGCACCGAUCAAAACAGCAAAGACAUCUUUAUAGUUGUUUUCAGCAAGAUGCUGUUAAUCUUAUACAUAGAGUCUGGAAUUAUGCUUCAAACACCUGGCGAAAACCUAAAGGCGAAGGAAUAUUUUGAGAGGGCCCUUGCUAUAGCUACCGAGAUUGGCGACAGAAGAGGAGAAGCAUCAUGUUAUGGAAACCUAGGUACUGUGUUUGAGUCGCUCGGGCAAUACGACAAAGCUGAAGAGUAUCUCCAAAGAGCGCUUGUCAUCACAACUGAAAUUGGCGACAGAAAUGGGAAAGCAACAUGUUAUGGAAACCUAGGUACUGUGUUUCAUUCGCUCGGACAAUACGCCAAGGCUAGAGAGUAUCUCCAAAAGGCGCUUGUCAUCAGAACUGAAAUUGGUGACAGAGAAGGAGAGGCAUCGGACUACGGUAACCUUGGUACUGUGUUUAUGUCGCUCGGGCAAUACGACAAGGCUCAAGAGUAUCUCCAAAAGGCGCUUGUCAUCAGAACUGAAAUUGGUGACAGAGAAGGAGAGGCAUCGGACUACGGAAAUCUUGGUAACUUGUUUCAGUCGCUCGGACAAUACGACAAAGCUGAAGAGUAUCUCCAAAGAGCGCUUGUCAUCAAAACUGAAAUUGGCGACAGAAAUGGGAAAGCAACAUGUUAUGGAAACCUAGGUACUGUGUUUCAGUCGCUCGGACAAUACACCAAGGCUAGAGAGUAUCUCCAAAAGGCGCUUGUCAUCAGAACUGAAAUUGGUGACAGAAAAGGAGAGGCAAGUGACUACGGAAAUCUUGGUAAUUUGUUUGAGUCGCUCGGGCAAUACGACAAAGCUGAAGAGUAUCUCCAAAGAGCGCUUGUCAUCAAAUCUGAAAUUGGCGACAGAAAUGGGAAAGCAACAUGUUAUGGAAACCUAGGUACUGUGUUUCAGUCGCUCGGACAAUACGCCAAGGCUAGAGAGUAUCUCCAAAAGGCGCUUGUCAUCAGAACUGAAAUUGGUGACAGAGAAGGAGAGGCAUCGGACUACGGUAACCUUGGUACUGUGUUUAUGUCGCUCGGGCAAUACGACAAGGCUCAAGAGUAUCUCCAAAAGGCACUUGUCAUCAGAACUGAAAUUGGUGACAGAGAAGGAGAGGCAACUGACUACGGAAAUCUUGGUUACUUGUUUCAGUCGCUCGGGCAAUACGACAAAGCUGAAGAGUAUCUCCAAAGAGCGCUUGUCAUCAAAACUGAAAUUGGCGACAGAAAUGGGAAAGCAACAUGUUAUGGAAACCUAGGUACUGUGUUUCAGUCGCUCGGACAAUACACCAAGGCUAGAGAGUAUCUCCAAAAGGCGCUUGUCAUCAGAACUGAAAUUGGUGACAGAAAAGGAGAGGCAAGUGACUACGGAAAUCUUGGUAAUUUGUUUGAGUCGCUCGGGCAAUACGACAAAGCUGAAGAGUAUCUCCAAAGAGCGCUUGUCAUCAAAACUGAAAUUGGCGACAGAAAUGGGAAAGCAACAUGUUAUGGAAACCUAGGUACUGUGUUUCAGUCGCUCGGACAAUACGCCAAGGCUAGAGAGUAUCUCCAAAAGGCGCUUGUCAUCAGAACUGAAAUUGGUGACAGAGAAGGAGAGGCAACUGACUACGGAAAUCUUGGUAACUUGUUUCAGUCGCUCGGACAAUACGACAAAGCUGAAGAGUAUCUCCAAAAGGCGCUUGUCAUCAGAACUGAAAUUGGUGACAGAGAAGGAGAGGCAUCGGACUACGGUAACCUUGGUACUGUGUUUAUGUCGCUCGGGCAAUACGACAAGGCUCAAGAGUAUCUCCAAAAGGCGCUUGUCAUCAGAACUGAAAUUGGUGACAGAGAAGGAGAGGCAUCGGACUACGGUAACCUUGGUACUGUGUUUAUGUCGCUCGGGCAAUACGACAAGGCUCAAGAGUAUCUCCAAAAGGCGCUUGUCAUCAGAACUGAAAUUGGUGACAGAGAAGGAGAGGCAACUGACUACGGAAAUCUUGGUAACUUGUUUGAGUCGCUCGGGCAAUACGACAAAGCUGAAGAGUAUCUCCAAAGAGCGCUUGUCAUCAAAACUGAAAUUGGCGACAGAAAUGGGAAAGCAACAUGUUAUGGAAACCUAGGUACUGUGUUUCAUUCGCUCGGACAAUACGCCAAGGCUAGAGAGUAUCUCCAAAAGGCGCUUGUCAUCAGAACUGAAAUUGGUGACAGAAAAGGAGAGGCAAGUGACUACGGAAAUCUUGGUAAUUUGUUUGAGUCGCUCGGGCAAUACGACAAAGCUAGAGAGUAUCUCCAAAAGGCGCUUGUCAUCAGAACUGAAAUUGGUGACAGAGAAGGAGAGGCAUCGGACUACGGUAACCUUGGUACUGUGUUUAUGUUGCUCGGGCAAUACGACAAGGCUCAAGAGUAUCUCCAAAAGGCGCUUGUCAUCAGAACUGAAAUUGGUGACAGAGAAGGAGAGGCAACUGACUACGGAAAUCUUGGUAAUUUGUUUGAGUCGCUCGGGCAAUACGACAAAGCUGAAGAGUAUCUCCAAAGAGCGCUUGUCAUCAAAACUGAAAUUGGCGACAGAAAUGGGAAAGCAACAUGUUAUGGAAACCUAGGUACUGUGUUUCAUUCGCUCGGACAAUACGCCAAGGCUAAAGAGUAUCUCCAAAAAGCACUCGUCAUCAGAUCUGAAAUUGGUGAUAAAGAAGGGAAAGUAGCAGAUCUUGCAAACUUUGGACGUGUGUGUAGAGCUAUGGGAGAUUAUGAAGCCUCAGAAGUAUGCUUGGAGAAAGCUUUGUCGCUAUCAAGAGAUAUUGGGGAUAGAAGAAAAGAGUUCGAAAUCCUUAAAAGUUACGCCAUUUCGUAUUUGUCGCAAGAUAAAAAAAAAGAAUCCCUUUCGUGUCUUUAUCUCUGCAUUGAAAAGUAUGAGGAGCUGAGAUAUUUCUUAGGCGCCAAUGAUGAGUUCAAAACAUCAUUUCUGGAGAAAUCAGGAAUAUUUCCCUACAAGCUGCUUUGUAGUUUGCUUUGUGACACCGGAAAUGCUCGGGAUGCUCUUUAUGUUGAGGAGUUGGGUCGAGCUAGAGGCCUUUCAGACUUAAUGGUAGAGAAGUACUCGGUUAGAACGCACAUCUCUGCUAAUCCGCAAUCUUGGUUUGGCGUUGAGAACAUUUUUAGAAAGAAAAAUAACUGUACUUGUCUGUACAUUUCUUAUUUUCACAGUGAUCUGCGUUUGUGGAUCUUAAAGAAAAGUGGAGUCCUUCGCUAUAGAAGAAUAUCAGUAGAAGAGAAUCUAGUUCAUGCUGGGUUGCCCAAAGAUUUGCGUUUGAGUAAAUUUUUGGAUGAUAAUUUCCGGAGUCUUGGUAUUUUGCCCACUAAAGAUUGUGAAGAUCGGUCUUUAAAUAUGGUUAAAUUGCAACCUCUCUCCCCCGCACAGAAGAGCUCAGCAAGAUUGCGACUCGUGGAGGACGACGAGGACGACGAAAACGAGGAUGAGGACGAGAAAGUGAUUUCAGCUCUAUUUUUGUGUUACCAAAUGUUUAUUGCUCCCGUUUAUGAUUUGCUUGAGGAGCCUGAAGUCAUUAUCGUUCCUGACCGCAGUUUGUACAAAGUUCCCUUUGCUGCACUGAGUGAAAAGGAGGGAGCCGAAUACCUCUCGGAGACUCAUAGAAUCCGUGUCAUUCCUUCUUUGACAACACUCAAGAUUAUUCAAGAUAGCCCAGACGACUAUCACAGCAACACUGGUGCCUUGAUAAUAGGCAACCCUAAGGUUGGUUGGCUGCCGCCAUUGCCAGGUGCAAGAAAGGAAGCGGAGAUGGUCGGACGACUGGUGGGUGUUCCGCCUCUGGUAGGAGAAGAAGCAACGAAGCAGGCGGUGCUUGAGCGGAUAAGUUCUGUGAGCUUGAUUCAUUUUGCUGCCCAUGGUGACGCCGAAAGGGGAGAAAUUGCCCUCUCCCCCAUCCCUAGUACUUCCAACAGGCGAAACGCUAUCUUACCACAUGAAGAUUACAUAUUGACGAUGGCUGAUGUAUCACGAGUGAAAGUCAGAGCUAAACUGGUGGUACUUAGCUACUGUCACAGUGGAAGAGGUGACAUUAGAGCCGAGGGAGUUAUAGGAAUUUCCCGUGCGUUCUUAGGAUCCGGUGCUCGCUCGGUGUUGGUUGCGCUGUGGGCCAUUUCAGACUCAGCAACAGAGCAGCUGAUGAGUCGGUUCUACGAACACCUUGUAGAGGGAGAAAGUGCCAGUGAAUCCCUCCAUCAGGCCAUGAAGUGGAUGAGAAAAAGCAAGUCUACCAGAGUGUCUGAGUGGGCUUCGUUUACGCUGAUUGGAGAUGAUGUGAGACUCGGGUUUGACAAGCAGAGGUAA